AUGUCGAACUUUCAGGAGCCUACGAACGGCGGAAUUCCACCACAGAAUGGAGGUGGCGCCAUGAAUGGCGCGAUGGACACCUCAUUCCCCCCGCCGCCUGCCAUGGGUAACCAGGGCGGAGACUCUGCGAAGACUCUUUGGAUGGGUGAGCUUGAACCCUGGAUGGACGAGGGCUUCGUGAAAAACGUUUUCUCCACCGUCGCCGGGGAAGAUGUGAACGUUAAGGUCAUUCGUGAUCGGAACUCCGGUAACGCCGGAUACUGCUUCGUGGAGUUCGCCACCCCCGAGGCCGCGAACAAGGCUCUGGCGUUGAACGGGAACGCGGUCCCCAACUCGUCUCGCGCGUUCAAAUUGAACUGGGCGUCCGGAGGCGGUCUGAUCGACCGUCGUGAUGAUCGAGGACCGGAGUUCUCCAUCUUCGUCGGGGACCUAGGUCCCGAGGUAAACGAGUUUGUUCUCGUCUCCCUAUUCCAGGCGCGUUUCCCGUCGUGCAAAUCGGCAAAGAUCAUGACGGACGCCGUUACUGGACAGUCUCGCGGGUACGGAUUCGUUCGCUUCUCGGACGAAGGCGAUCAGCAGCGGGCCCUGCUCGAAAUGCAGGGUGUCUACUGUGGAAACCGGCCGAUGCGGAUUUCCACCGCAACCCCGAAGUCACGUAGAAACCACGGCUUCCAGCAGCAGGGGCAGCAACAAAUGCUGCCGCCCCCUGUUCAGCCUGGUAUGAACUACAUGGGCAUGGGCGGCCCGCAGUUCUACCAGCAGGGGUUCAAUCCUAUGGCGGCGCAACCCAUGAAUCAAUUCACCGAUCCCAAUAACACAACUGUGUUUGUCGGUGGCUUGUCGGGCUACGUUACUGAAGACGAGCUUCGCUCGUUUUUCCAGGGCUUUGGGGAGAUCACCUACGUGAAGAUCCCCCCUGGAAAGGGUUGCGGGUUUGUACAAUUCGUACACCGGCACGCGGCAGAGAUGGCCAUAAACCAAAUGCAAGGUUACCCCAUCGGUAACUCUCGUGUUCGGCUGUCUUGGGGCCGUAGCCAGAAUAACUCUGGCGUCGGCACGCCUUACCGGCCCGCACCUCCCCCGCCGCACUACGGCAUGGGACCGCAGGGUGGUCCGGGUGGUCCUUACGGCCCUCACCACUUCGGUGGUAACCCCGCGCAAGGCCCUCCUCCUGGCGGCAUGCAGGUGAGUAACGACUUUCCCACAACGAAGCUGACACGAUACUAA